ACUUUUUCAAACCUUUUGCUACUCAAGUCAAAUGUAAUCUGAGCAGCAGAAGUAUUUUAACGCAACAUGGAGAUCUGGCAAUGUUUGUUUCUGCUUCUGCUGAGUUUAACCCCUGUGGAGAAUUCGAAAAAUAAUGAUUUCGACCUUGCCAGCUUUUUGAGAAGUAUCUACCCUGGGAUGCUUGUGAAGGAAGAGCCGUUCAUCCCCAAAAGAGACUUUGUAGGACGAUCUGAGGUGCAACCCAAUGUAAAAGCAGUCAGCCAGGAUAGUAACGGGGCUUCUGGAGCUGUGGUGACGACAAAGGAUGGACAGAUCAAAGGGAUAACGGUGGACAAGGCCCGUAUCUUCUAUGGGAUCCCGUACGCAGAUCCUCCUGUUGGGGCUUAUCGCUGGAAACCACCCAGACCUGUGAGUCCUUGGCCGGGGGUUUAUGAUGCCUCCUUCCCCAGAGCCGCAUGCAUGCAGGCCUGCAGCGGACCCAUCUCUGAGGAGUGUCCCAGGAAGGUGAGUGAGGACUGUCUGUACCUGAACGUCUUCGUGCCUCUGGAUGUGGACUUCCUGUCUCCUCUGGAGGUCCCUCUCCCGGUCUUAGUGUGGAUCCACGGGGGGGAUUUCAUCGCCGGAUCGGCCUCAAAGCCUCUGUACGACGGACGCUUCAUCAGCAACUUCACACACACUGUGGUGGUGAGCCUGGAGUACAGACUGGGUGCUUUUGGGUUCCUCGUGUCGGGCAAAAACCCUCUUUCAGCAGCUGCAGGGAAUUAUGGAAUAUUGGACCAGCAGGCAGCUCUACUCUGGGUCCAAAGAAACAUCGCAGUGUUUGGAGGGGAUUCCAGCAAGGUGACCAUAUUUGGGGAGAGUGCAGGCGCUCAGUCCGUCAGCCUCCACCUGAUGAUCCAAAGCAGCAAGACUCUGUUCAAACAGGCCGUCCUGCAGAGCCUGCCCUUCUCCAUCCCUCUGAAGACCAGACGUGACGCCCUGAAGCUGGGGAAGGACUUUGCUAAACAGACGAACUGCUCAGUGAGCGACAUCGUGUGCCUGCUGUCUCUCAGUCCACAGGAAGUCCUCGCUGCACAGAUGAAAACAAGCUCCAAGAUUGUGAACCCGUUCAGGUUCCUGGAGGUUUUUGAGACGUGGGGUCCGUACAUCGAUGGAGAA